AGGAGCUGAAGGCUGAAGUUUCAUUUUCUCCCAGCACUCACACACAAACAUAAACCUGCGUUGAGAAGCUUCCACUGACGUCCACUUACAGCUGGUCAUGGACUUCAUAGAUCCCAUCGUGUCCAUCGCCUCAGAGAUCUACACCCUGGUGGAGAAUGUGAAGGCCAAUAAGAAGCGCUGUCGGCGUGUUUCUGAGCGAGUCAAAGCCCUGGAAGAGCUGGUGAGGUCCAUCAAACAGAGAGACAAGGAACAAAUCUCUGCCGACAUAAAGAAACCUCUCGAGGAACUCUGCAUCACUCUGAAAUCAGCACAGAAGCUCAUCGAGAAAUACACUAAGGCCAGCUGGGUAAAGCGUGUCCUGAACUCGGGCAGCCACGGAGACGAGUUCAACAGCGUGAACGAACGUCUCAAUGAUGCCUUCCAGGUCCUGUCUGGAGCUCUGCAGGUGGAGCAGGGGAACAUGUUGUACAAGGUGUUUGAGUUUACCUCCAGACAGAAACAAGACGAGGUGGACGGGAGGCAGGACGACAAAGAGCUGCAGGAAUUGCUCCUGGAACACAUGGUGAAGCAGCAGGAAGAAUUCGAACAACUCAGAAUGAGUGUGGAAAAGGUUGUGGAGCUCUUGAGGUGAAGUCUGUUUUCGAUAAGGAAGUUGAAACCAUGAAGCGGUUUGAGUCGCCCAACAUCCUGCGAAUGUUUGGCAUCUGUGUCCAGGAAGAGAAAAGUUCCAGCCCUCAGUUCCUCAUCAUCAUGGAGUACUGUGAGAGGGGAAGUCUGCGUCAGGUUCUGGACUCUGACAGCAAACUGUCCUGGACCAGGAAAGCUCGUAUGUGUCUGGACGCAGCGAAAGGACUCUACCGGCUGCACCAGACAGAAGAGAAAUGUAAGGUUCACGGAUGCAUCAACAGCAGCAAGUUCCUGGUGGAUGAAGGCUACACAGUCAAGCUGGGAGGUUUUGAGCUGGCAAAAACCGAGACGUCGCUGAAGAAGUCGCUGAAGAAGUCGUCGAAGGAUAAAGAGAUCGGGUCCCUGUGCUACUCCACUCCUCAAAAGCUCAGCAACAUCAACUACAAGUACAGCAAAGAGUGUGAGAUCUACAGCUUUGGGAUCGUCAUGUGGGAAAUUGCAACCCGUAAGAAACCUUUUGACGGUUUGUCGAGUCAGGAUAUCUAUCAGAAAGUGUUCCAAGAGAAAUAUAUGGAGCCCAUCCCCGACUGUCCUGAACCUCUGGAAGAUCUGAUCAACACCUGCCGGGCCUACGAUACUUUCCAGAGACCAUCUGCUGGAGUGCUGGUGGAUAAGCUGCGCAGCGUGGUGACAAACUUAGAGGAGUGACCAAACUCUUCAUCCCUCGGGCGUUUCUGUCAUCCUCAGGAGGAGAAAUACUGAAACCAAACUACUCUGAAAACUAAGUUUACUGUAACUCUUGUAUUAACAUCUCAUACUGUUUAAACCAGGAACCUGUUUCCAAAAAAAUCAACCUUCUCAUGGAUCUGCUUGGUGUGUUGUUUUUUUUCAAAUAAUUGUAUGUUAAAGGUUCCAUAUGUUAGAUUUAAAGCAUUUUACAUUUUAUUUUUAUGUAUUAAUCACUUUUUAUUAAAUAAGGAAUGGUGUUGUAGUGUAGCUUUGUUCCUCUGCUGCCUGUGGACUGAUUUCUAUGUGUUUCUGUGUAGGGAUGAGGGUCAAAGGUUGUGACCUUUAUGCUUCUGGGUGCCUUCUCUCUCCCACUUCCUACAGUGCCAACAGUGGGCAACGCUAUUGAAGCUCAAGCGUCUACUGAGGACCUGGGUUGCUUUAAAUCUGUUACUUAAGGAUAAAAUAAAUGCAAAUAGAUGAUAAUCCUCUUUAUAGCUCAUAUCAAGCACAUGUUUCACUACCCUGUAUAUGUCUGCGUUCACACUGCGGGCAGAAGUGGCCCAAAUCCCAAAUCUGAUCCGUUUAGAAAUCUUUAAACACCAGACAAACUGAGACGAAGCAGAUGUGAUUAAUCAGGACUGAGCGCCGUGUGAACGCAGCCUUUUAUGGAGCAUAGAACUGUCACACAUGUACAAACCUUUUACUAACACGUCUCUUAUAUACUGUCAAUGACGAAAAUGCAAAAACUGAAAAUACCUCCACCUAGUGGUUAACACUCAGUGUUACAACUAAUUCUCCUUUUGUUUCCUCAUUUUUAAAAACUAUUAAAAACUACAAAUCUU